UUUGAAAAGAUUCAAUGGACAUUCUCAAGCAUAUUUGGAAAUAUUCUUGCUAAUGGAUUUCCUUCUUAUCGGGCUCUGUUUAAACUGGCUGCUGAGGAAGCCCCCGGGGUUGAUAUUGUGUACGCUGGGUAUCUUUUCUAAAAUGCUUCCAGCUGUGAAUAGUGGGUGUCCACAGCUCUGUCGGUGUGAGGGCAGGCUUUUGUACUGUGAAUCACUGAAUCUCACAGAGAUGCCUCGCAACCUGUCGGGCAUGAUGGGCUUGUCUCUGCGGUACAACAGCCUUUCAGAGCUGCAUGAUGGACAGUUCACAGGGUUAAUGCAGCUCACGUGGCUCUAUCUGGAUCACAAUCACAUUUGCUCAGUGGAGGGGAAUGCCUUUCAAAAAUUGCGGCGAGUUAAGGAGCUCACCCUGAGUUCCAACAAAAUAACCCAACUGCCCAACACCACUUUCCGCCCCAUGCCAAACUUGCGCAGUGUGGAUUUAUCGUACAACAACCUACAGUCUUUGGAGCCCGACCUGUUCCACGGGCUGAGAAAACUGACAACUUUGCACAUGCGGUCGAACGCCAUCAAGUUCGUGCCGGUGAGAAUUUUUCAGGACUGUCGCAGCCUGAAGUUUCUAGACAUAGGAUACAAUCAGUUAAAGAGCCUGGCUCGAAACUCUUUUGCAGGCUUGUUCAAACUCACCGAGCUGCACCUCGAGCACAAUGACUUGGUGAAAGUGAAUUUAGCCCAUUUUCCCAGGCUCAUCUCCCUGCACUCCCUCUGCCUGCGAAGGAAUAAAGUUACCAUCGUAGUAAACACUUUGGACUGGAUAUGGCAACUCGAAAAGAUGGAUCUCUCCGGCAACGAAAUCGAAUACAUCGAACCUCACGUUUUCGAAAGUGUACCUCAUCUCAAAUCCCUGCAGCUGGACUCCAACCGGCUGACCUACAUCGACUCCCGAGUCCUCGACUCUUGGAAGUCCCUCACGAGCAUCAGCCUUUCCGCCAACGCCUGGGACUGCAGCCGCAACGUCUGCGCCCUGGCCUCCUGGCUGAGCAACUUCCAGGGUCGCUAUGACAGCAACCUGCUCUGUGCCACGCCCGAGUACGCCCAGGGCGAGGAUGUUUUGGAUGCUGUCUACGCCUUUCACUUGUGCGAGGAUGAUGCYGACCCUACGAGCGUCAACACCUUCUCGCCGGUCACCAACAACAGCGAGCAGACGCUGGGCUAYGGCUCGGCCACCGCCACCUACGACGCGCCCGACGGCGACGAGGACMGGACCACGUACUCCGUCACCAUCACCAUGCCCGGCGAGAACUCGGAGAACGCCGUGCAGAUUCACAAGGUGGUGACGGGCACCAUGGCGCUGAUUUUUUCCUUCCUCAUCGUGGUUUUGGUGUUGUACGUCUCCUGGAAGUGCUUCCCAGCCGGUUUAAGGCAACUAAGACAGUGCUUUGUCACACAGCGCAGGAAGCAGAAGCAAAAACAGACCAUGCACCAAAUGGCUGCCAUGUCAGCCCAGGAGUAUUAUGUUGAUUACAAACCCAACCACAUUGAGGGAGCCCUGGUGAUCAUUAAUGAGUACGGAUCUUGUUCCUGUCACCAGCAGCCAGCGAGGGAAUGCGAGGUGUGAUUUUCCUUUGGGAUUUAAACAGUG